AUGUCCGCCGCCGCGCUCGUCCCGACCGUCCUCCCGUCGCGUCCGCGCGCCGCCUCCUCCUCCUCCUCCUCCUCGCGCCGCCCCCUCGGACGCGCCGUCGUCGUCGUCACGCGAGCCGCCGGGGGCGCCAUCCGUCGCGAGGUGCUGUCGCGAGAGGAGCGCACGAAGAUCGUCACGGUGGACGACGCCAACUGGUACGCGCUUCAGCGGCUCGUGACGCACGUGGACGACGAGUUCCUCGCGCAGCUCACGCAGCUGUACCGCGAGCGCGUUCCUACGGGCGCGCGCGUGCUCGACAUGUGCAGCAGCUGGGUGUCGCACCUGCCGGAGGAGGUUUCGUACGAGGAGGUGGUGGGGCACGGGAUGAAUAUCGAGGAGCUGUCGAAGAACCCGCGACUCGAUCGGUUCUUCGUGAGGAACCUGAACGAGAGCCCCGGGUUCGCGGCGAAGGAUAACUCCUUCGACGCGGUCCUGUGCUGCGUCUCCGUGCAGUACUUGCAGCGCCCGGAGGAGGUGUUCGCGGAGGUGUACCGCGUCUUGAAGCCCGGCGGCGUCUUCAUCGUGUCGUUCAGUAACCGGCAGUUUUACGAGAAGGCGAUCCGGGCGUGGAGAGACGGGAGCGGGUACAGCCGCGCUGGGUUGGUGAAACAGUACUUCGACUGCGUGGAGGGGUUCACGCGCGCGGAGGUGAUCACGGAGGUGGGAGUGACCCCGGACGAUUCCAUCGUGGGGAAGUUGAGACGGUUCGUGAAGAGGAGCGCGUCCGAUCCCUUCUACGCGGUGGUCGCGUAUCGCAACUUUCAACCCAUCGUCGAGGACUGA